ACCGUGCUGCAUCUCGCGACAGCCGAGGGGCUGAGCAGCGGGCUGGAGGGCGACGCGCUGCUGCAGGAGCUGGCAUGGCGCUACGUGGCGGCCAUGGAGGACAUGGAGGGCCGCAAACCGGGCCCCAGCAGCAUCCUGGGAACGUCGCAGCUGCGUCCCGGGGAGCCCCACGGCUACCGCAUCCCCUUCAACCCCACCGGCACCGGCUGUGGGGCGGCCAUGCGCAGCCUGGCUAUAGGGCUCAGAUACCCGCGCCCGGAGGAGCUGCCGACGCUGAUCCAGGUGAGCAUUGAGAGCGGGCGCAUGACCCACCACCACCCCACAGGGUACCUGGGCGCGUUGGCCGUGGCGCUGUUUGGGGCGCUGGGGGUCCGCGGGGAGCCCCCCGAGGUGUGGGGUGCCGAGCUGCUGCGCGUCCUGCCCCACGCCUGGGAUUACGUGGAGGGUGAAGGGGUGAACGUGGGGGACAACGCCGCUGCCUGGGACUUCUUUGGGGACAGCUGGCGCCGGUACCUGGACUCGCGCGGUCUCCUGGAGGGCUGCGGUCCCCCCCGCGUGCCGUCCCUGCCGACCCCGGAGGAUCGCGACGCCGAGUACGCGCGCUGGGCGCUGGACGGCUGGGCGGGACGCAGCGGGCACGACGCGCCCAUGGUGGCCCUGGAGGCGCUGCUGGCGGCCGGGGACAGCUGGGAGGAGCUGUGCGCCCGCGCCGUGCUGCACGUACCGUGGGAGGAGUAUAAGGAAGCCGCCGAUCUGUGUAGGGUUGGGGCCGGGGAAGCAGAAACCCGGACUGACCUGACCUUGCCUUGGGAUGCCAAGAAGAACAAGAAAGGCUUCUAUGGACACCUCGACCAGAAAGGGGAAGUCCAGGAGGGCAAAACCCGCAGAGAGGAACACAGGCAGGUUGUUAACAACAGACAAGGGGAAGGCUGA